UGUGAGGGAUCAGACGUGCUCCAGGGUAUAAAGGGCUUUAAUAUAUUCAUUCGUUAAUUUUUAGUAAAUAUGAUUUUUAAUCUGUUGUAUGUGUUAAUUUUGGCGGGAAAUGGUUUCGCUAUGAAAAGUUCGAAGGAGCUCGAGGGCUACCCAGCUGGAUUCUUAGCAGAUUGUCCAGGAUCAACCAAAGAAGCAUUUAUAAGAAAUAACACUCUUAAAUACCUUACGAUAUAUGUACAAAAAUCAAAAAAUUCAGUUUUUCGUAAGUACAACUAUUUUCAGACCAAUGAACUCGCUAAAGAUCCUGAUAUAGACUUUAAUAAGAAUACAGUUUUGUAUGUGGGCGGGUAUCUGGACAGUCCAAUUUUCCCGUUUGCCUCAAUUAUGGGCGCUGCUUACGAAAACUUAGGAUAUAAUGUGCUGCUAUUGGACACGAACAUGUUUACCACUUUGGAAUAUCCUCGCGCCGCGCGAUUUAUGCGUCCCGUAGGGAUGCACACGGCUAAGAUGUUGGUCGAUCUUACUUCACAAGGCUUGGAUCCAAAAAAGUUGGAAAUUGUCGGUUUAAGUCUCGGCGCACAGACUGCUAGUUUCAUAGCCAAGAACUAUAGACUUUUAACAGGAAUGAAUAUAUCUAGAGUAACAGGACUCGAUCCUGCCGGUCCAUGCUUCAGAAACUUAGGGCCAGAGGACAGACUGGACAAGACUGAUGCUGACUUUGUGGAAACAGUCAAUACGAAUAUCGACGAAUUAGGCAUGGCAGCUCCGGUCGGCCAUGUUAAUUUCUAUGUUAAUGGUGGAGAAACUCAACCCGGCGAACUUUUUUGGAUUCUAUGCACAUCAUUAUGUAGUCACGUCAGGGCCCAUACAGUCUGGAUGACAGCGUUAAGGUACCGCGAAGCGUUUGUCGCGAUACAAUGCGAUUCGGUCCAACAAGCGAGAAACAAAAAUUGUUUCGAUAGACGACCUCUAGUUACUAACGUGUUGGGAUUAAAUGUAAAUAAGACUAACGAAGGGAUAUUUUACUUGGCAACAACUAAUACCCCUCCGUAUUUUCUGGGAAAGAAAGGUAUAAGGAAAGAAAACGACUUUAUCCUGUCUCUUACGAAUUCACUCAAUGAAAAAAACGUGAUAAAAAUCUGAUUACUAUUUGAACUAUUGCCUAUUCCAAUCAAAGGAGAGUAAUAAUAUAACAUUUUGACAAGUUUAUUGAUGUAAUUGGUGUUGUAUAAUCCAUGGCGUUCAUUAUGGAUUCCUAAAAAGCUGGCGUUUUCAGUCGGCGAAAUUUUCUAUCGGUACUUUUUAAGUUAAAUUAAAAAUGAAAGUAGUUAAAUGUUAUAAGGAUAUAUCAAUCAAGAUCUGCUUAUAGUUUUUAAUAUAGUCGACCUAUUUACAUAUCGCACGAAAUAAAUAAACUUAAGGUUUGUUUAGCUUUAUUCUCCGAUUGGAAUGAGUUGUAAUAUGUGUCGUAUGUUAUGCUUAAAAAAUAUAAGACAGACAUUUUACAUUACAUUAUACUUUAGUUUAAUUUAACGUGUAAUUAAAUUCAAUGAUGACAAAGUAAAUAAAUAUUUUUUUUAUUA